CCUGAACCUCAGAGCAGAGACGACUUUUUAAAAUACUUCUGUCCCCUCACACUGGACAUCAACACGGCAAACAGAUACCUCCGUCUGUUUGAAGGGAACAAGAAAGUGAAAUGGGAGAGGACAGAGACUGAAUAUCCUGAUCAUCCUGACAGAUUUAACUCCUGUUACCAAAUUCUGUGCAGAGAGGCUCUGACUGGGACUCGCUGUUACUGGGAGGUGGAGUGCAGUGGAGACCUCAUGAGGAUUGGAGUCGCAUAUAAAGGACUGAGCAGGAAAAGAGGGGAAAGGGAGUGCGGCCUUGGAAACAACGACAAGUCCUGGUGUUUGCUGUGGUCUCAUUCCCAGUACUCUGUGUGGCACAAUAACAAGCAGAUUGUAAUCAGCGCCCCCUACAGCCCCACAAUAGGUGUGUAUCUGGACUGGCCUGCUGGCUCUCUGUCAUUUUAUAGUGUCUCACACACAAUGACCCUCCUGCACAGGUUCAACACCUCCUUCACUGAGCCCCUCUAUCCAGGGUUUUGGUUUAAUGAUAACUCCAGUGUAACCAUCAGCCAUCUGACACCAUGUGACCACUGACCAGUACCCUCCACUGGUCACUUGAUGUCCUCACAAGCUCAGGUGUCUUUGUGUUUGCAGUUUGGGGUCAAAAUUAAUUUUUCACUAUAGGUUGGGGGGCAGCACCUCUGUGAGUGAAUUGCGGGGCGAGUGCGGCUGUCAGGGUCUCCAUUAUUAUUGGGACUGAGUAGGCAAUCAGGUGUGUGUGUCAUAGUGAGGGGCUGUGACACCUCAGACCUACAAAUACCAGUCUGUCCAGCAGGGGCCACUGUUGAUUUACAGUCACAUGCCCUUCAGGCUGACACCCCAACUGCUGUGUCCUCUGAGUGUCACUGAAUGUCACCUGUCAGUUAGUCUAUAUAGCGCCUUUCAGUAGUGCUGCUCCAUCAGGACCACAUGUCUGUCUCAGUAUCCAGAGUCUCAUUCCAGUGACUAUUUAGGAACACAGAGUGACAGAAGUGACUGUAGUGCUGGCCUCUGAACAGACAUUGUCUGCCCCACUAUUAUUUACUCCGGUGGUCUGUCACCUCUGAAUGAAUUCACUGUGAAUGUCUAAAGACGAGGACUCACCGCUCAGUCACAUGUCGGCCAUAUUGAUGGAGUUUGGUGUUUUACUGAGUCACUUAGUGUCAUGUUAGACAGUAAACUGCACCUCCUCCUUGUUGUUCCCACUGUCACCCAAUCUCAAGGUGACGAAUCAGAUGACUGACUUCACCUUCACUGUCGGUGUUCAAAGUGACAAUCAGAUGUGACACUUGGGGACACUUUUAUCUUUCUACUGACACACACAUUCCCAGGAUUCAUUUACAAUUCCUUCAGGACCCCUCAAGGAGUGGCGUGUCACCUGACAUCAGUGUGUGUGAAGAAGCCAAUGAAGGCCCAGGCUGACAGCCCAAGCCCCCCACCCACUGUGUAUUACAGGCCUCACCAGCAGAUGGCGACUAUGACUUCUAAAUCUGUCAUCUUCAUGGUGUCCGAGGGGUUAAAAUUAAGAGGAGAAGGUGAAUAAAGAGUGAGGGGUGAGGAUGAUAGAGAAGAGAGUCAGGGUGAUAAAGGGUGAGAUGAGUGACCUGAGACAGAAUG